AUGGACAACCAAUCCAUCGUUUCAGAGUUUUAUCUGAGAGGAAUAUCAGGGUUUCCAGAGCAACAGCUGUUACUCUAUGGGAUUUUCCUGUGUAUGUAUCUUGUCACCUUGACUGGGAAUGUGCUCAUCAUCCUGGCCAUUGGCUCUGACACACACCUUCACACUCCUAUGUACUUCUUUUUGGCCAACCUGUCCUUUGCUGAUAUGGGUUUAAUAUCAUCUACAGUGACCAAGAUGCUGUUUAAUGUUCAGACUCAGUGCCAUACCAUCUCCUAUACUGGUUGUCUAACACAAAUGUACUUAUUCAUGAUGUUUGGUGAUCUGGACAGCUUCUUCCUGGCUGUGAUGGCCUAUGACCGCUAUGUGGCCAUCUGCCGCCCUCUCCAUUAUUCCACAAUCAUGAAUACCCGAUUCUGUGCCCUGAUGCUUGCCCUGUGCUGGGUCCUCACCAACGUAGUUGCUCUGACUCACACUCUCCUCAUGGCUCGACUGUCCUUCUGUGUUGUUGGGGAAAUAGCUCACUUUUUCUGUGACAUUACCUCUGUUCUGAAACUAUCAUGCUCUGACACUCAUGUCAAUGAGUUAGUGCUUUCUGGCUUUGGAGGCACAGUACUCAUGGUCCCCUUUGUAAGUAUUGUCAUCUCCUAUGUCCACAUUGUGUUUGCUGUCCUUAGGGUUAAGACUUCAGGUGGGAGUUCAAAGGCCUUUUCUACCUGUAGUUCCCACCUCUGUGUUGUCUGUGUUUUCUAUGGGACGCUCUUCAGUGUCUAUCUGUUUCCUCCCUCCGUAGAGUCCACAGAGAAGGAUGUUGCAGCUGCUGCAAUGUAUACAGUGGUGACUCCCAUGUUGAACCCCUUUAUCUAUAGUUUAAGGAACAAGGACAUGAAAGGGGCCUUGAAGAGGCUUGUCUGUCAUAGGAGAAUUUUUUCUUCUGAGAUAUAA